AUGAGUGGAUAUCUCAAUCUUUUGGCCAAUACAAUCGAUAAUUUCACACAUGGCUUGGCAGUGGCCGCCAGCUUUCUAGUUAGCAGAAAGGUUGGACUUCUUACAACUCUGGCAAUUCUUCUACAUGAAAUACCCCAUGAGGUGGGUGAUUUUGUCAUUCUCCUCCGUGCUGGAUUUGAUCGCUGGAGUGCAGCCAAGCUACAGCUCUCCACAGCCCUUGGGGGCAUUCUGGGAGCUUGCUUUGCCAUCUGUACUCAGUCACCAAAAGGGACAGGGGAAACCAUCGCUUGGAUUCUCCCUUUUACCUCUGGAGGAUUCUUAUACAUUGCAUUGGUAAAUGUGGUGCCUGAUCUCUUAGAAGAGAAGAAUCCUUGGAACUCCGUGCAACAAGUGUUCUUUCUGUGCACCGGCAUCGUUGUCAUGGUGCUUUUCUCCCUCACUACAGAAUGAGGGGCUGCAGCUUCCUUCUGCUGUUUCGCAAAGCUGCCUCCCUCUAAAGCGUUACAAGGAGUCAGGGACACCGGUGGAUUUUUCUUCCUCGUGUGCCUGCGGAUCUGACAGCUGCUCGGGGUGGUGAAUAAAGGAAGCGUCCUUUUUCUUUUUCUUUUUUUUCAAUGGUGCAACGCUGGACAUCCAAAAUGUUGAGAAAAUAUGGUUUUUUUAGGAGUGUCUAUGUGUCUUUUAAAAAAAAAAUAAUUUAAGCAAAAAAAGCAGCAGCGAAGGGAGGCCCCUAUUUGGGUGGAACUGAUGUUGCUUCCAGUUGGACCAGUCUGUAUGCUGGGAUUGCUUGGAUAAAACUCCAGAGUGAAAUAAAGGCAAGAUUGUAGCUCUGGCAUGCCAGCAAAAGAAUUCUCUUCUCUCCUGGGCUCAAGGACAUCACCAGCAGCAAAAUACUUGGUUGUUAUUUGACGUACGUUGGAAGCUAUAUUUGCCCAUCUAGCUCAGUAUAUCUGGACUGGCCGUGACUUUUCAGGGUGUUGGCUAGAGAGCUUUUCCAAUUCUUUCCUUCCUGAAAUCCUCUUUAAAAUGGACACAGGCGGGCCUGAAGCAUGUUUCCUGCCACGUUGCUAUCGCCCCUUCCCAUAAAGCAGCUUUGCACUUUUUCUGAGAUAGGCAAUCUGGAGCCCUCUGUGUACGUGGGAUUCCAGCUUCUGUGGAUCCCAGCCAGCAUGGCCAAUAGCAAGGGCCUUGGGUUUGGCAAUCCAAAACAUCUGAAAGGGCACCCAGGUUUCCUAUCCUGGUUCUAGGAUGUGGUCUUCUACAGCCUGAUGCUUUUUUACUUCCAAAGUUGAGUAACUGAAAAUCUGAUCGGAUUUAGAUGAUCCUUUCUUAGGCUUCUUCAAUACAUUUGUAUUUUGAAGUCAGGAUUCACAUUGGAAAUGCCUAAAUGGAUUAUUUAAUAACUCUGUCUCUAGCUAUAACUUCUUCUCAAAACUAGAAUAUCAGCAGUAAUUGGGGAUGAUGGAGCUCAGCUCCAAAGACCCCUGGGGACCCACAGUUGGGAGAUAUGACCUAAGAAGGCCUACAAUAUCCUUCCAACUGUAGCAUUAACACUGCUUAAAAUGAAGAGUUUUUUAAUUCAUUCUGGCCAUAAAGUAGCUGGAAAGCAACAGGAUUAAACUUGUUCUGCAACUUACUUCCCUUUUGGUUCAUUUGGUAACUAUUUAAAGGAUAAGACAAAUAUACAUUCUCUCAUAAUGGAUAAGAAAAAACUCAGUAGAGAUACACAUAGGCAGCAUAAAGAAAAAUGCAGUAGAUGCAGCAACCUUAAGUCUGCAGGGAUAAAAACUCUGAUUUUUUUUUUU